AUGCAAACUAUUCUGUGUGACUGUGAAGCGAUCAUGAACUCUCGACCCCUUACUUAUGUUUCGGACGAUCCAACAGACUUGACCCCCUUAACACCAUCCUUAUUUUUACAAGACGUGGAAGAGGUUGGAGUCCCCGAUUUAGACUUAGCAGACUCAUCUGACUUGAAUAAACGACUGAAAUACAGACGAAUGUUAAAAGAAGACUUGUCAAAAAGAUUUAGAACAGAAUAUUUAGGACAACUACAGUUACAUGGAAACAAAAACCAGAUACCCUAUGAACUAUCAGUAGGUGAAGUCGUCUUGAUAGGUAGUGAUGGAGUAAAAAGACUUAACUGGCCCUUAGCUCGAAUUACAGAACUUAUCAAAGGGAAGGACGGUAAUGUGAGAAUAGUAAGGCUUCGAACCCAGCAUGGAGAACUGUUAAGACCAGUACAAAGAGUAUUUCCACUGGAGUUGAAAUCAAAAUCUCAAGAGAGUGAAGAGAUUGCAGACCACUUAAGACGAACUACUACUACAUCCAAGUAUCUAACUGAACCGAUCAAGACUCAAGAUGUACUUCGUAAUGAAGACUCAAGUCCUAUUAUGACAGAAGAUUUGAAACAAAAUAGAACAAGAAGAGGAAGAAUUGAGUUCCUCGCUGCAAUGACAGCUUGCCUACUCACCCAGCUGCCAGCUCAGGCCUCUGUGUUGUGGACCUUCUCGUUUGCUAAUGCUACUACUCGGCAACGAGAAGAAGGCAGCAACGUGCUUCAAGAAAUCAGUAGCUACUUGCUCCUAUGA